ACUUCGCUCCCACCGAGUGCGAUCGAGAAGCUUCGAGGAGCUAGGGUUUCCCGUACCGACCGAUGGCCAUCACCGACGCGGUGCCGCCCCCUCCCCCGCCCCCGCCGACGUGGAUCGUCGUCGUGGUGCUGGCGCUCGUGCACUUGGCCCGCGUCCUCUGCGUCGCGGCGGGAGCCCUCCCCUACUUGGGCUUCGCGCUCGCGUGGGUCAUCUCCGCGGCCACGUCUGGACAGAUCGUGGCGAGCCGCGCCUGGGGCGAGAGCUCCGUCCCCUUCCUCUUCCUCCAGGCCCUCACGUACGGGGCUCUAAAGGUCCUCAUCUACAGCAUCCUUGCGUUGGUCGCGCUUCUCGUCCUGUUGGUGUGCGUGGCCUACGUGAUUGCAGCUGUAUCUGGAUCCACUUCGGGAUUCAAGAAGUUCAGGUUGUCCUGA